GAGGGGGACAACAACGACGGUAGUCAGAGCGAGAGAGGUCGGUUAUCGCGCCAGGAGGGGGAUGGUAUACGAGGGACAAGGAGGGAUAUGGGCACUGUGCGAUCUCUCCGUUAGGACGUAGUACUCCGGAGGAAGAGUACGCGCGAGUGAGAAGCGACAGUGCCUGCGCGCAUGGGAAUGGGAAGGAGUGACCGUGACGGAGAGAGAGGGCGAGAGAGAGAGGGAGCGCGCACGGUGAAACGGUGGUUGGUGAAACGGGGAAGGAAACUCCGGAGAGAGAGAGAGAAAGAGAGAGAGAGAGUGCGAGAGAGGCCGGUCGUGUGGAACGGAGACAGGACGAGGUGAACGAGCGAGCGAGAGACGGACGACGGUACAGAGUGGCGGUACACGGGGCGCGAGAAAAGCGGUAGUGUGCCGUGGACCACCGCACUGGCAUACCGUGAUUCGUUACGAUCUCCAUCGUCCGACUCGUACCGGACUCACCCGCAGUCGUCGGCCGAGCCACGAUACGGCGAGUGCUAAGUGCAGUGCGGACUGAGCGGGGUCGCCUUUGAUUCCGCGGCUCAUACACACAGAUCGCGAGAGCCGGCUCCUCAAGAGGCCUUGACCCGGUCUAGCGCGCGAAUUUCGGUUGAUUUGGAAAAAGAGGAGGAAGAGGGAGAGGACCGCCCGCGAGGGUGGUUGUGUCGCGUGCCGGCUGACCGAGUCGCCGUCGUCGUCGUCGGGCACGAGCACACGCGGUAGAAGGAACCCGCGGGCAAUUUUAUAGCCCGUCUUAUUACCUAAGUUUAUUGCAUCGUAACGGUUUAACGAUCAUCGCGCCUGUUUCCGUAGUCGGGACCGGCGCGCGGUUUAUGCCUCGCCCGUAGCGGUAACCAUAACAGGGCCAUAAAAGUCCCCGCCGCUGACAUGAUACCCAUUCUGAAUUACGCUCUUACGGCCUACUGACAUUGACACUCCGGGUGUAACCAGCCGUACCUGCCGACUGACUUUUAUGACCUCUUAAAGUCGUUUAACGCACGUUUUAUUUGCCACCACCCGUGUCAAGCGCGUCGUCGCCCCGCCGAGCGCGCGCGCGCGCCUCUUCACCCGCGGAACGGUCAACAAUCUCGCCUAAUUCCGGAGCAGUUAAAUCGCGCGCGAGCGUCGCGGAGUCGCGAGUACGGACUAGCGUGUUAUCCGACUAGCCGCGCGCGCUCCGUGUGCAAUCGAACUUGUCUCCCCCCCGCUCUCUAUUUCUUGUUUCGAGUGUGCCGGUGUUCAGUGCAAGUGAUCCAAGAUACCCGGGAUAAUGAACUCGUACUUUGAGCAGACCGCGGGUGGCUUCUACGGGAGCCACCACCACCAGACGGGAGCGGCGAGUCAGCAUCACGACCCGGCGACCGCAGCGGCGUAUCGAAGCUUUCCACUCGGAUUAGGCAUGUCGCCCUACGCCUCGGCGCAGCACCAUCAUCACACGUCGUCCUCGUUAGGGAUACACCCGGGCGGCGGUAGCAACACGCGGCCGCCCCAGGACUCGCCGUACGACGCGAGCGUUGCGACGGCCUGCAAGCUCUACUCGACGACACCCGAGGCGACCGGGCACACCACCUCCUCGUACUCGACCACCGCGACGAAAGACUGCAAGCAACAGGAUCAAACGUCGACCCAUCAAAACGGCUACGCCGCGGUGAUGGCUGCGGCGGCGGUCAAGGACGUCUGGCAGUCAGCGACCUCCGGAGCGAACAGCCAGAGUAACUCGGUCGUGCGUCCUUCCGCGUGUACCCCGGAGAGCUCGAGGGUCAGCAGCUACGGCGGCCUCGUAGGCGGCGACCCGGCCUCCAGUCCCGGUAACAACAGUUCCUCGAGAUCCCUCACGUCGUCCUGGAACACCUGCAGUUUAAACUCGUCCGCGAGUCAACCGGUCGCCACGCAACUGCAUCAGCAACCUACCACCAAUCAUACCUUCUACCCCUGGAUGGCUAUAGCAGGGGCGAACGGAAUGCGCAGACGCGGGCGACAGACCUACACGCGCUACCAGACUCUGGAGCUCGAAAAGGAAUUCCACACGAACCACUAUCUCACCAGGCGGAGGCGGAUCGAGAUGGCACACGCGCUCUGCCUGACGGAAAGGCAAAUCAAGAUCUGGUUCCAGAAUCGGCGAAUGAAGUUGAAGAAGGAGAUUCAGGCGAUCAAGGAGCUAAACGAGCAGGAAAAGCAGGCGCAGGCGCAAAAGGCGGCAGCGGCAGCGGCGGCGGUUGCGCAUCAACAGCAAGGGGGCGGUGGGGGACCUGAGGGGGGCAACUAGGGGUACGCCCUGCAUCGGAGCCCCCCCGACCAUCCUACCGCCAAUCCACACCACCCUCUACUAGCACCGCAAUGUACACAACUGUAUUAAAGGUGAGUGGCAGGCUGCACCCGCUGUCUCUGCAAUGCCAAAUAGAUGGUCGAUGUGCGUAUCUGUCGAUCGUCAAUUUAUCGGUUGCGGCGAAUCGGAUGCUGCACCCGGUGAGUGACGAACCUUCCCCCACCAUGGCUACCUCCCGUAGCUCACUUUGACCGAUAUGCUCCCAGACCAAUCAGUAUCCAAGUACACACAGUAUCAUCCAUAUAAGCCUAGCUCUGUUGUAGUCGUUCCCCUUUCUGGUCUCUCUACCUGUAGUUUCUGCUUUGGUGCAGUAGCAUGUAGAUAGGAGGUUGAAUUAUCGAGGGUGGCCGAUCAGCCAACGUCCGCGGAUCCGGGGUGUCGUUUGCGAAAAAUCGACCGAAAACAGAGUCGCAUUCUCGCGAUGUGCAUUGCGAUAAGUUGCACGCAACUUGGAAACUGAUAUACGUAACGAAAGGGCUACAACUAUUUAUAGGGUUAAAAUGUAGGACGUAAAAAGCAUCUAACUCACUCAAUAGGCGAGAUCGAGUCGGUGCUGACGAUUAGUUCGGGACGAGCUUAGCAGAGGCACGACUCUUUUUCAUAACUCAUAAUGUACAAAACUACUAUUAGCGCGAUUCUCCUCAUUGUCCGUCGUUUAAUAUAUUUUCUCUCGAAAAUGCGCACUCGAUACAGCCUCGCAAGAAAAAGAAAGAGAGAGAGAGAGAGAGAGAGAGAGAGAGAGAGAGAGAAAGAGUGAGAGAGAAAAAGUAGAACAAGUAAUUUUGUCUGUUGAUGUUAUGUUUUUGUUAUUUUUUAUUAUCUACGAAGCAAUGAGAAAGUGCGUUUAUAUUGUUACCACUUUCGCUUUGCUAUAAUGAUAUAAUUUCGCUCAUCUGUUAUAAAAAGACUGUUUUAUUUCAUUUCGUUAUUAAUUAGAAUUAUUAUUUGAAAACGUGUACCGGCAAAGUGAGACUAAUGAUGGAAACGUACUUUUUUCGAUUGGUACAAAAUAUAUAGUAUAUAUAUAUAUAUAUAUAUCGAUAUUCGAUAAUUUUGUUAAUAUUGUAUAGAAACGUUUAUAAUGUGCGUCUGCUUAAGUACCUGCUAAAGCGGUCGAGUGUGCGCGGUCUCGAGAUGGAUAUCUCCUUUGAAAUAAAUUUGGCGAGGACUUUGUGCCGAAGGGGAGAGAAGGAUAGAACGUUUCUUUAUUUCAAUCAACAUCGGUCUGACAGAAGCAAGACGAAAAAGAUAGAUUACAGAUGCGAAUAUUGUAAUGUAUGUAUCUAGUACCUAGACGCCCGCUCUCUAAUAAAGAGAUCUGUGGCGCUAUCCUAUACGGUAACUCUAUUCUAGUUAAUGAAUGUAUACGAAUAGCCGCUAAGAGGAUGCGAGAGUAAUACGUAAACGCAGUAUUUCUAAGAGGUAUGUAAUGUUAAUAGUUAUUUAUUUUGUGGAUCUCUCGGAACAGAUAUUUCAUUGCUCUGCUGUGCUAUACGUUUUUAAUUAUUAGGUACAUAGUCCUGUUAGGGGUAGGCGUUACCUAUGCGUAGUGGUAGUUAUUUGUGUAAAUGUUCCGCGUGGCAAAUUCAUCCCUUUUUUUUGUAAUAUAUUAGGAUACUAACUGUC